UGACUACUGCUCUGUUGUUCAGUACAAAUUGAAGGAGUCCUCACCGACAAUAAAUUACAGAUAGAUAAUCAAUAAUUACAUCCAAAAUACUCUUAGCAGCUCCGAUAUCGAACGAUAUUUGUGACUGUGUUCUGUGAGCCUCAGGCAGACGGAGGUUUGUUUUCUAGUAAACAAUGCUAGCAUUGCUAGCUAACUAGCCAGCGUCUCGUCGCCUCCUCCUCAUCUCCAUGGGUCUCUCCCGUUGAGUCUGCCAGGCUUGAGCUGGAGGCAGCGAGGCUAACUAAUUAAUGCCAUCGGCCAGGAACUCAGGUCAUAUUAUGAGUGGGGCGAGUUGCAAAGCGAACGGGGCCGUGUACCCCGCCUCAUCCGCGAUGAUGAACUCUGUGAAGAAACCGAAGAUGGAGCAGAUUCAGGCCGACCAUGAGCUCUUCCUGCAGGCCUUUGAAAAACCAACUCAGAUAUACAGAUUCCUCCGCACAAGGAAUUUGAUUGCACCCAUAUAUUUGCACAGGACGCUCACCUUCAUGUCUCACAGAAACGGCCGAUCAAAUGCCAGAAGGAAAACGUUCAAAGUGGAUGAUAUGUUGCAGACAGUCGAGAGGAUGAAAGGAGAGCAGGAUUCUCUAAGUUUGUCAUCACAUCUACAGUUAACCUUCACUGGGUUCUUCCAUAAGGAUGAAAAGCCAUCUCAGAAUUCAGAAAAUGAACAAAACUCUGUGUCCUUAGAGGUGCUACUUGUCAAAGUCUGCCAUAAAAAACGCAAGGAUGUCAGCUGCCCGAUAAAGCAAGUGCCUACAGGUAAAAAGCAGGUGCCUUUGAAUCCUGACAGUAACCAAACCAAGCAUGGAUCCUACCCUUCCUUACUGGUCUCCAGCAACGAGUUUGAGCCCAGCAACAGCCACAUGGUCAAGUCCUACUCGCUCCUGUUCAGGGUGUCGCGCACGGGGCGGAGGGAAGCGAAUGGUCUGGUCAAUGGAGAGGCCAACGAGAACAUUGAUGUAAUCGAGCCUCCGAGUAGAAAGAAGAGAAGUUCGUCCCACAGAGAGGCGGGAGAGACCACGGAGACCUUUGUUGCACAGAUGACUGUCUUUGAUAAGAACAGGAGGUUGCAGCUGCUGGACGGGGAGUACGAGGUAUCGAUGCAAGGGAUGGAGGACAGCCCCGUCAGCAAGAAGCGAGCUACGUGGGAAACCAUUCUGGAUGGAAAAAGACUGCCACCAUUUGAGACAUUUUCUCAGGGACCCACAUUGCAGUUCAUGCUGCGUUGGACAGGCGAUGCCAGCGGAAAAUCCACUGCCCCCGUGGCAAAACCCCUUGCUACGCGCAACUCGGACAGCUCCAGCCCCAUGGAGACCCGAACCAGCAACCACCGAGCUGCCCUCAUGAGUGAGUAUGAAAAUGGCACAGGAAGUCAUCCAAAUUUCACUGAUGUUUUUGUUUGUUGUUCUUUUUUAAAUGUGCAGCCUCAUCCCAAAGGAGCCAGGAUAGACGUGUCCAUCAAUGAGUGCUAUGACGGCUCGUACGUUGGCAACCCUCAGGACAUCCACAGCCAACCCGGGUUUGCUUUCAGCCGCAACGGCCCAGUUAAGAGGACCGCUGUAACUCACAUACUGGUCUGCAGGCCCAAGAGGACUAAACCGAGUCUGUCCGAGUUCCUGGAGACCGAGGACGGAGAGUUGGAGCAGCAGAGGACGUAUGUCAGCGGACACAACCGCCUCUACUUCCACAGCGACAGCUGCAUGCCGCUGCGGCCCCAGGAGAUGGAGGAGGACAGCGAGGACGAGAGGGACCCGGAGUGGCUCCGAGAGAAGACCGGCACGCAACUGGAUGACUUCACCGACGUCAACGAGGGAGAGAAGGAAGUGAUGAAGCUGUGGAACCUACAUGUCAUGAACUUCAUCGCCGACAACCAGAUGAAUCAGGCCAUCAUGCUCUUCGCGGAGAGCGUCGGCCCUCACAUCGUCCGCCGCAACCUCUGCCGCAACUUCCUCCUGCAUCUGGUCAGCAUGCACGACUUCAACCUGGUGACCACCGCCACCAUUGACCGCGCCAUGGCCCGCCUGCGACAGAUCCAGGAAGAGCUCCCGGACGCCGAGCAGGAGGAGGAGGAGGAGAAGCAGCAGGACCAGACUCUGGCUUCAGCGGCGGCCUGCAACGGCAAUGCCAUCACCUCCACUGGGGGGAAACGGGGCAAGAGGACAAAAAGCGCACUGACAGACUGAUGUAGGACGGAUGGAACAACGAUUGUCGUUUUUUUUUUUUUUUUGUUUUUUUUUCUGUUCUUGUGUUUUUUUUCCCCCCCUUCUUCAUUGAACAUUUCCAACCCUUUGGUGCUUAGAUAGGUGCAAGAACCGGAGGAUCUGACCUGAAGCAGGCUAGUAUACAAGGUAAACAAGUUUUCGGAACUUGAGAACUGAACCAAAUAUGAACGAAUAUAAAAAGUGAAACAUCUACACAAUCCAGGGAUUUGAGGACUGGCUGAUGUAAGUGGGACCUACUUAACAUGCAUUUAGUAGGAGCCACUGAAGUGUGUCUUUGGGUGAGGGAGUGAACAAACAAAGAGUCCUCUGAUGUGUCCGCGUCAGAGACCACUGCAUCCAGACUACAGUUAAAAAUGUACUUUUUAACGGCACUCUUGAUUAUUUGUACACGUACACAAUAACCUUGUUGAGAUCUUAUCCUUUUAGCUGAUUACUUUUAGCACUUGGUGUGUUUGUAUUUAGAAACCUUACUUUUUUUUUCUUCAUGCUGCGCCAAAUGUUAAAUGCGUUUCCACUGCCGUCAGUGGAGAAACUUCAGUGGGUUUGAUAUCACUGCUGUGACUGACUUUUGAUUUGAAUUGCAUACAUUUGCAGUAAAAACCGACACUAUUGGCAUCAAUGUCUAGAGUAUCUAAAGCUCGUGUUAGGACCCCCGACAUGGAUCGUGGGUUUUGCUGGUAGGUUGCCAUGACAAUAGUGAUAUACUGUAAGCAUUGGAUCCCAAAAGAGAAUAAAUUCUGAUUCGGGUCCGUGCUAAAAAAACCUACUUCAUCAGCCCUAAGCCUUCUGGCCUGCAUUGAUAAUGGCUCAAGGAAAGCCGGGGAAAUCAACUUAUUCCCAAUAUUUUAUUUACCGAAACAACCAGCAGCACGUCACCCCCAUCACCCCAUCCCCAUUCGACCAUGUUGCAAUUGCAACGUGUGUUUUGUUCUUGUUUUUAUUUUUUUCCUUCCUCGUGUGUUUUGCGAAGCUAUUGACAGAACUGUGUUUACGUGUAAUCGCAUCAAAUGUUGAGCCGUACCCCAUUCUGAAUCCAAUAAUUAACAGAUUGCAGUUCUCUUAAAGCAAUAUGCUGUUUAUUCGAUGGUUGGCUUUCAGUCUGUCUGUCCUGUUAGGUGCAGUUUAUGCCAAAGGCGAAUAUUUUCACCAGUCUCUUAGUUCUGUAUAUUAUUUAGCAUCUUUUCUUUUGUUCGUUCCAUAGCAGUAGUGUUUUGUGGUUUCAUCCGAUUUCCCUUGUGGAAAAACCAAAUUAACAAUAUAUUUUUCCCUCCUUUGCUUUUAAUGGAAGGUUUCUGUAUUCAUCUGGAGAAAGGGAGACAUAUUCACCAUUAUUAUGAAAAACACCCUGUUCAAAAUUGUCAACUGUACAUUCUGGCUAGGGGGACUUUUAUAUUUAAAGAAAUAAAAUGAAUUUGUCCUUA